GAUUUUAGAGGUGGAGAGAUCAGGUUAGGGAGCACGUCCUCGUCAAAGGAGGAAACUGAGUUGGUAGUCUCAGUGGGCAUGAAAGGAUGAAGAAAAUGUGCAAUGAAAAGUUGAAAAAUAUUGUCAGUGACUAGGGAAAUGCAGAAAAGGUGAUUGAGAAAGAGGACAGGGUGAGGAAAGGUUUUCUUCUCUUGGCAGAAGUUUUCUGAUACAAUAGAGAAAAGCUUUAGCAGAAUAUUUAAACAAGAAAAAAAAAAGUGAGGGAGAAGGGGUUAAGAUUAUCCCUUAAUGUGGCAGCAUACUUACAAUGUGUGAGAAGGUUAUGAAGAUACAUGUUUCCUCAAUGCACUCAUUUUUUGUGUGGGUGUUUACUUCUGGGUUUAUGUUUAUUUGAAGGAAGGAUGCCAGGGAUGCUCUUUUCAGCAGACUGAUGCCGCUUUGGGUCAGAUGAAUGGAGAAGGGAAUAGUUUGGUCAGUUGUGAAAGGAAAUGAGCACUAGAAUGGAAAAUAUUGCAGAUGCGGUCCAUCUAUUCCCCUGUCCUAGCUUUGAAAGUGGCUCUAAGUACAGUAGGGAGAAAGAACACAUCUGACCUUGGCUGAUGCUGCCUCUGCUGCUUGUGAUUCAUCCCGUCCUGCAGGCAAGAUGGGAGAAACAGGUGGUGCCUCAGCUGGCUUUCCUUCACCGAAUGAUCCAAUGGGCUACAGCCAAAGUGGAUAAAAAUGUCACAGAAGAGACAGUUAAGAUGUUGUUUUCAAAUAUUGAAGAUAUUCUUGCAGUUCACAAAAACUUUCUGUCCCUGGUGGAGGAAUGCUUACAGCCAGAACCUAAUGCGCAGCAUGAAGUUGGAACCUGCUUUCUUCAUUAUAAAGAGAAAUUCCGUAUCUAUGAUGAAUACUGCAGUAACCACGAGAAGGCACAGAAAGUUCUGCUUGACCUUAACAAAAUAAGAACAGUGCGGGCGUUUCUUUUGAAUUGCAUGCUCCUUGGAGGACGCAAGAACACAGAUGUACCAUUGGAGGGUUAUCUAGUAACGCCAAUACAGAGAAUAUGCAAGUAUCCCCUUCUUUUGAAGGAGUUACUGAAGCGGACUCCAAAGAAGCACAGUGACUAUGCGGCACUAAUGGAAGCCCUCCAGGCCAUGAAAGCUGUCUGUUCCAACAUAAAUGAAGCCAAGAGACAAAUGGAAAAAUUAGAGUUUUUGGAAGAAUGGCAGUCUCAUAUUGAAGGAUGGGAGGGGUCCAACAUCACAGACACGUGCACAGAAAUGCUCCGAAGUGGACUACUACUGAAAAUUUCAGCAGGAAAUAUCCAAGAGAGGAUAUUUUUUCUUUUUGAUAACCUUUUGGUCUACUGCAAAAAAAAGCACAGGCGACUGAAGAACAGCAAAGCAUCUACAGAUGGCCAUCGUUACCUUUUUCGGGGCAGAAUUAACACAGAAGUGAUGGAAGUAGAGAAUGUAGAUGAUGGAACAGCUGACUAUCACAGCAGCGGCCACACUGUCAUUAAUGGCUGGAAGAUCCACAACACAGCAAAGAACAAAUGGUUUGUGUGCAUGGCAAAAACCCCUGAAGAGAAGCAAGAAUGGCUGGAAGCUAUUUUGAAAGAGCGAGAGAGAAGAAAAGGUUUAAAAUUGGGCAUGGAACAGGACACCUGGGUGAUGAUCUCUGAGCAAGGAGAAAGACUUUACAAAAUGAUGUGCAAACAAGGGAAUCUCAUCAAAGACAGGAAGAGGAAAUUAACCACUUUCCCCAAAUGCUUUCUUGGAAGUGAAUUUGUGUCCUGGUUGUUGGAAAUCGGAGAGAUACACAAAUCUGAAGAAGGUGUUCAUCUUGGGCAAGCUUUAUUAGAGAAUGGUAUUAUCCAUCAUGUUACAGAUAAGCACCAAUUUAAACCCGAACACAUGCUAUACAGAUUCCGAUAUGAUGAUGGAACAUACUACCCCAGAAAUGAAAUGCAGGAUGUGAUCUCUAAGGGUGUACGACUGUACUGUCGCCUUCACAGUCUGUUUACCCCAGUAAUUAGGGAUAAAGAUUAUCACUUGAGAACCUACAAAUCUGUUGUCAUGGCUAACAAACUCAUAGACUGGUUGAUUGCACAGGGGGAUUGCCGGACGAGGGAGGAAGCGAUGAUAUUUGGUGUAGCUCUUUGUGAUAAUGGGUUUAUGCACCAUGUGUUAGAGAAAAGUGAAUUUAAGGAUGAACCACUGCUGUUCCGUUUUUAUGCGGAUGAAGAAAUGGAAGGGUCAAAUAUGAAGCACAGACUCAUGAAACAUGAUCUGAAAGUUGUGGAAAAUGUCAUAGCCAAAUCAUUACUGAUUAAAUCUAAUGAGGGCACCUAUGGUUUUGGUUUAGAAGAUAAAAAUAAGGUGCCAAUUAUUAAAGUGGUGGAAAAAGGAUCAAAUGCUGAGAUGGCAGGCUUGGAAGUUGGGAAAAAAAUCUUUGCCAUUAACGGUGACCUGGUUUUUCUGCGCCCCUUCAGUGAAGUGGAUUGUUUCCUGAAAGUGUGUUUGAACAGCAGAAAGCCCCUGCGGGUUCUUGUGAGCACUAAGCCACGGGAGACAGUGAAGAUUCCUGACUCUGCAGAUGGACUUGGAUUCCAAAUUCGGGGUUUUGGGCCAUCAGUCGUCCAUGCUGUUGGGAGAGGAACAGUAGCAGCUGCAGCAGGUCUCCACCCUGGCCAGUGCAUAAUCAAAGUGAAUGGUAUUAAUGUCAGCAAAGAGACUCAUGCAAGUGUUAUUGCGCAUGUCACGGCAUGCAGGAAGUACAGGCGGCCAAUGCAGCAAGAUUCUAUACAGUGGGUUUACAACAGCAUUGAAAGUGCACAGGAAGAUCUUCAGAAAACAACCACCAAGCCCUCUGGAGAUGAUGGAGGAGAUGCCUUUGACUGCAAAGUGGAAGAGGUAAUCGACAAAUUUAACACUAUGGCAAUAAUUGAUGGGAAGAAAGAUCAUGUGAGUUUGACUGUUGACAAUGUUCAUCUGGAGUAUGGAGUAGUUUAUGAGUAUGACAGCACAGCUGGAAUAAAGUGCCACGUGUUAGAAAAGAUGAUUGAACCAAAGGGAUUUUUCAGCCUGACUGCGAAGAUUCUUGAAGCACUGGCAAAAAGCGAUGAACAUUUUGUGCAGAAUUGCAACAGCCUCAAUUCCUUAAAUGAAGUGAUCCCCACCGAGCUUCAAAGUAAAUUCAGUGUCAUCUGCAGCGAGAAAAUUGAGCAUAUCUACCGAAGAAUCUCUAGUUAUAAAAAGUUUUCAAGAGUAUUAAAAAACAGAGCUUGGCCUACCUUCAAACAAGCUAAGUCAAAGAUUUCACCACUUCACAGCAGUGAUUUCUGUCCAACCAAUUGCCAUAUCAAUGUGAUGGAAGUGUCUUACCCUAAAACCUCAACUUCCCUCGGUAGUGCCUUUGGUGUACAGUUAGACAGCAGAAAACAUUCUUCACAUGAAAAGGAAAAUAAAAACACUGAUCAAGGUAAACUGAAUCCCAUGAUCUAUGUCCAACAUACCAUUACUACUAUGGCUGCUCCUUCAGGACAGUCUCUUGGCCAGCAGGAGGGCCAUGGUCUGAGGUACCUCUUAAAAGAAGAAGAUUUAGAAACACAAGAUGUCUAUCAAAAAUUACUGUUCAAAUUACAAGCUGCACUGAAAGAGAUGGAAACAUGUGUCUGUCAAAUAGAUGACCUUCUUUCUUCAAUAACAUAUUCUCCCAAAUCAGAACGUAAAACACCUGAGCCUUUAGUGCCAGCGGACAGUGAUAAUGAAAAGGGAGAAAGGAAUGGGAAGAAAGUGUGUUUCAGUGUGACAGGUGAUGAACAAGAAGAUUCUGGUCAUGAUACCAUCAGCAACAGAGAUUCUUACAGCGAUUGCAACAGCAAUAGGAACUCCAUUGCCUCAUUCACCAGCAUUUGUAGCAGCCAAUGCAGUUCUUAUUUUCACAGUGAUGAAAUGGAUUCAGGUGAUGAGCUUCCCAUAAGUGUUCGAAUCUCCCAUGAUAAACAGGACAAACUCCAUAGUUGUUUGGAGCAUCUUUUUGGUCAAGUUGAUUCGAUUGUCAAUCUUCUGAAAGGACCAGCUGUGAUGAGGGCCUUCGAGCAGACAAAAUACUUUACACCAGGUCGAGGCCUCCAAGAAUUUCAGCAGGAAAUGGAACCAAAGCUUAACUGUCCAAAGAGGCUACGACUCCACAUCAAGCAAGACCCUUGGAACCUCCCCAGCAGCGUCCGGGGGCUUGCCCAGAAUAUCAGAAAAUUUGUUGAAGAGGUGAAGGCACGAAUACUCUUGGCACUUCUUGAGUACACAGAUAGUGAGAUACAGCUGAGGCGAGACAUGGUCUUCUGUCAGAGCCUGGUGGCCACGGUCUGCGCUUUUUCAGAGCAACUGAUGGUGGCCUUAAAUCAAAUGUUUGACAACAACAAGGAAUAUGAAAUGGAGACGCCGGAGGCCAGCAGAAGGUGGUUGGAACAGAUUGCCAGCGCGGGUCUUCUCCUUCAUUUCCAGUCCCUGCUCUCACCUAACCUGGCCGAUGAGCAAGCCAUGCUAGAGGAUACGUUGGUUGCACUGUUUGACUUGGAGAAAGUUACUUUUUAUUUCAGACAGUCAGAGCCAGAACCACUAGUCGCAAAUGUACCAAUCACAUACCAAGCAGAAGGAAGCCGGCAAACCCUGAAGGUUUACUUCUACCUUGACAGUUACCAUUUUGAGCAGCUUCCUCAAAGGCUGAAGAAUGGAGGGGGAUUUAAAAUCCACCCAGUACUUUUUUCACAAGCAUUGGAGAGCAUGGAAGGAUAUUAUUACAGAGACAGUGUCUCAGUAGAAGAAUUUCAAGCUCAGAUUAACGCAGCCUCACUAGAAAAAGUCAAGCAGUAUAACCAGAAACUACGGGCAUUCUACCUGGACAAGUCCAACUUGCCUCCAAAUUCAACAUCCAAAGCGGCUUAUAUAGAUAAGCUGAUGAGGCCUCUGAAUUGCUUGGAUGAACUUUACCGACUGAUCGGGUCCUUCAUCCGGUCGAAGCGCACGGCUGCCUGCGCUUACACCGCCUGCAGCGCCUCCGGCGUGGGAUUGCUCUCCGUGUCUUCCGAGCUCUGCAGCAGGCUUGGAGCUUGUCACAUCAUUAUGUGCAACAGCGGAGUUCACCGCUGCACUCUGAGCGUCACCCUGGAGCAGGCGAUCAUUCUGGCUCGCAGCCACGGGCUGCCCCCGCGGUACAUCAUGCAGGCCACAGAUGUCAUGCGCAAACAGGGUGCGAGAGUGCAAAACACAGCCAAGAACUUAGGAGUGAGAGAUCGAACGCCGCAGUCUGUCCCAAGAUUAUACAAGCUAUGCCAGCCACCACCACCUGUUGGAGAAGAAUGAGGAGAAUUGCUCCAGAAAAUAAUCCAAUAAUGGCCUUUAGGAUACUGGGACUAUAUGACGAAAUUGAACUGCAUGAUAGCAGCAUCUGCCUUGGGCUUUGAUAAAUUAAAAAAAAACAACAAAACUUUACUCAGGAUAAAGAAAGAAAUACCGUAAAUGUUCUCUAUGGGCACUGAGAAAUGACUUCCAAAAAGCAUUUCUGGAAUCUGUGCACUCUGGCCUUACACUAGUAGGACAGGAAUCUUCCUUGGGAAUUUUACACUGGAAUCGGAUUCAUUUGAUGUAUCUUGUUCAGCCACAUGAUAGCUAUAGCCAGCAGCUUGAAAACAAAUGUUUUGUUCAGAGAGAAUUAAUUCAGUUGUACACUCUACAGAAUGCGUUCUUGUGGAAGGAAUAAAAGGCUAGAUAAACUAGGCUCAGAAAUGAGCAUGCACUUCAUAUGGGGCCCUUUGCACUGAUAAUCCCUUUUCUCCUGUCACCAUGAUAAUUUCUCAGAACGAUGACUUUACUGUUUCAAUGAUAAGUGAGGUUUAAAGGUGGAAAGCUCAUCUCAGUUGUGUUUAGAGGCUGCAGGCAGACUGCUGUGAUGAACCUGUGCUUGUUAUUAGUAAACUCAGCUGUGUCUUAAGCAACCUCUGUCAUAUUUUGUUAGAGAAGAACCUAUUAAUAUAUGGCAUAUGACAUGAAGUUUUUGCCCUUUUUAGUUGCCAUUAUAAUGAAGGAGAAGUAGUAUAAGUCUGAUCUUCAUAGUUAGACUGAAUUUCAGACUCUGUCUAAUGGAUGUUUUAUAUUAUUGCUCGUCUGCAUUUCUGAGUUUUCCAGAGUUGUUUAUAUUCCUGUAUAACACUAUACUAGCAAAUCUACUUAAGGCGAGGAUGAGGCACUAUUGUUAUGUUUAACUGGAAAUGUCUUUGGUUUAAGUUGUAGCACAGUUUGGGGUUUGAUGUUUUAUGCGACCAUUUCCCAUAUUUUGCCAGAAUUGUUUCAUAUAGCACAGUUCUGUGGAGUGGUAAUUGUCAUAGAUUUAUUUUGACAUUGUAUUGAGUAUUUAGAGGGCCCAGGGAAAAUACGUCUGCAUUUGGCUGUUCUUUUGGCCAAAGAAUUCUCACAGAAAAUGCCCCCAAAUGAGGUUUCAUUUAUGAACACGUGAAAACAAAAACUAUUCUCAAAUAAUUCUACUUGUAGCAGUAGCUACACAUUCUAUCAAAGCAGGACAUACACUGUCUGAAUAAAAUGUAUUUUUCGUACAACAGCAGCCUAUAGUUAUGUUGUAGCAAUCAAGCUCACACUAUAGUCGUUGCAUGUUAUCUAAUUAUUUAUGAAAUCUUCAAGUAUAUCAAUCCACAAUGAAAUACAUGAGACUUCAAAAUGAGCUGUACUCUUGCAGAGAGUGUUCAUAUAUAGGAAAUUUAGGGGACUUGUUACUUUUCUCCAAAGGAGGAAUUAGAGCUCCUACGUUUUUCAGUAUUCUUAAUGUUUUUACACAGACUUUAACUUUGCUAAGAAAAUAAAUAUUUUUAUAUAUCCACAGAUACAUAUGUCUGUGCAUAUAUGUGAGUUUCAAUAUGUAUAUAUUUAUAUAGUCAAAUCAAUUACCUGUGCAUCCUUAAAUGUAGAACGUUUGCCUUAAACUAUAAUGAAGACAUGCAGUAAUGAACACUUCAGUAACAGUUUUGCCUUUGUGCUUUGAAGUUUACACUCUUUCAUAGUUACUGGAAGCUGUGGGACUACAAUGUUUUUAUUAAACAAACAAACAAACAACCUAGAAAACGAAGUUUUACUCUUUAGAAGCUUACUCUUUUUGUCUAGGAUGACCUAAUUCCUGUAUCUAAGAAAGAGUCAGAAUUUCUGUAAUUGGUCUUCUAGUCAGGAUCUCGUAUUUCUGGAUGUGUUUAAUUCUGAGAGGCAGUAUUGAUGAGGGUCAUUCCCAAUCCAGCCAAAAGCAGCAAAAAUGUUUCAUUUUUGCUUGUUCAGACGCUGGGAGCCCAGAGAAUCCACAACCUCUUUGUGCUUAGGAUGGUGCUGGUGUCAGCCCCGGCCAUGAGCUCCCGUCUUCCUCUGAGAUUUGCCCACAUGAGUUUUGGUUUCUAACAACAAGGCAAGUCAGCUGCAUGGAGCUGCUAAUCCUGUAAAAUAUAAAGUAGAGGACAAGAUCUUUUGCUUGCACACACGCAACUAGUCAUCACUUUUUCUUUUUAAUUGCAUUGAAAAUGGUAGGAGUGCAAAUAUGCCAAAUUUUCUCUCUGUAUAAUAUGGUAAUGUGCAAUUAAUUUUGUUGUUGAAAACAUGGCGUAAUAGUCAUUUAUAAACACUGAAGAACAAAUAAUUAUGAGCUGGUCACUGGACCAAAUUCUUUGGCUAUUGUUUCAUGAUUGCGCAUCAGAAAUCUUGACCUCUUGUUUUUGUAUCUGAUUUUUAGCUCUUUAUUCUUUUUCACCCCCUAGAGGCAGUUUUCAAAACCUUGCUCAGCACUACGAGCUUGCUUGGUGACCCAUACUGCAAAUUGAAGUAUCUCUUUAGCCAAGCAUCAAAGGGGCUGAGAAGCUCAAGCCCUGGUUUUCUGGGAUCACAGGUAAAGAUAGGAUUUCCAGAGAAGAAUGGGCAUCAAUGUCCCACCGACAGUCUAUGGAAAGUGGGUGCCUAAUUUCUCAAAUUUUCCUUCAAAAACCAGUGUUCACUUGAAACAUUAUGCAGCUUUUCAAACUGCUUUUCUCGUCCCUCUGUUUUCAGAGUGCACUGCACAUUCUAACACAGCUGGCUUCUGAUAACAUCAGAUAGACCUCUAAGAAUCCCAUUCUUAAAUUAUAAACUUACAUCUGUUCAGUAUUAAAGCUAUUUAUCUUGUUUGGUAUAUGUAGACGAUGUAUUUGUUCCUUAUGCAAGGCGCACUUGCAGAGUGAAAAAAAAAUCCAUUCUCACCACAGUAUGUUUAUCCUCUCAUAAAUUUUUAGACUUACAGAUGACAAGAAGAGAUGACCAAGACUGAUGAUUUACAAGAACUGUGACACCCAUAACUUGUUGAAUCUUUGCUUCUACAGCAACAGAUUUUGCAGUCUGGUUUUAGGACAAUGUGUUGUACCCAUUCAGGGAAAGCAUUCUGUAUGUAAUUUGUACUUUCUGAUCCAAGAUGAGUGUAAUUCUUCUGGGAAUAAAUGCAAAGAUUUAGAGACGUACAUUACCAAA